UAUUGUGUUACUAAAAAUAAUGUUUCCCUGAUAACAGUUGAGGAUUGCAAUGGAAACCUAACAGCAGAAGCCAUGACACCUUUCAUGAGCCUCGCCUUAUUUGUUGCCCUGUUCUUGCUCAACUCAGAUCGCAUUCAGAAAGCCAUUGAGAUAUGCAGCGAAUGUUUGAUUUUGCUAAAUGGCACCGAUCAAAACAGCAAAGACCAAUUUGAUUCAGCACUGCUACAAUUUUACAGCGACAUCUAUACCAUUCUUUUCAGCGCUUAUCGUCAUAUCUCUGACUACAUAAGUGCGGAAAGAUACGGAAGGAAACUGUUUGACUUAUACAGAGGGUAUGGAAUUAUGCUUUAUAAACUUGGCGAAAGCCUAAAAGCAAAGGAAUAUUUUGAGAGGGCCCUUGCCAUAACAACCAAACUUGGCGACAGACGAGGGGAAGCAUCAUGUUAUGGAAACCUAGGAACUGUGUUUACGUCGCUUGGCCAAUACGACAAGGCUGAAGAGUAUCUCCAAAAAGCGCUUGUCAUCACAAAUGAAAUUGGCGACAGAGGAGGGGAAGCAUCAUGUUAGGAAACCAUCACAAGGUACAAGGGAAGCAUCAUGUUAUGGAAACCUAGGUACUGUGUUUACGUCGCUUGGCCAAUACAACAAGGCUGAAAGAGUAUCUUCAAAAGCGCUUGUCAUCAGAACUGAAAUUGGCGACGACAAGGAAACCUAGGAAAGUAUGGCCAAUACGACAAGGCUGAAGAGUAUCUCCAAAAAGCGCUUGUCAUCACAGCUGAAAUUGGCGACAGAGGAGGGGAAGCAUCAUAUUAUGGAAACCUGGGUACUGUGUUUAGGUCGCUUGGCCAAUACGACAAGGCUGAAGAGUAUCUCCAAAAAGCGCUUCUCAUCACAACUGAAAUUGGCCACAGACAAGGCGAAGCAUCAUGUUAUGGAAACCUAGGUACUGUGUUUGCGUCGCUUGGCCAAUACAACAAGGCUAAAGAGUAUCUCCAAAAGCGCUUGUCAUCAGAACUGAAAUUGGCGACAGAGAAGGGGAGGCAACUGACUACGGAAACCUAGGUACUGUGUUUAUGUUAUGGAAACCUAGGUACUGUGUGUUUACGACAAGGCUGAAGAGUAUCUCAAAAAGCGCUUGUCAUCAGAACUGAAAUUGGCCAAUACGACAAGGCUGAAGAAACCUAUCUCCAAAAAGUCGCUUGGCCAAUACGACAAGGCUGAAGAACAAAAAGCGCUUGUCAUCAGAACUGAAAUUGGCGACAGGAAGCAUCAUGUUAUGGAAACCUAGGUACUGUGUUUACGUCGCUUGGCCAAUACGACAAGGCUGAAGAGUAUCUCCAAAAAGCGCUUGUCAUCAGAACUGAAAUUGGCGACAGAGAAGGGGAGGCAAACUACUGUGUUUACGGAAACCUAGGUACUGUGUUUACGUCGAAAUUGGCCAAUACGACAAGGCUGAAGAGUAUCUCCGACAAAAAGCGCUUGUCAUCACAACUGAAAUUGGCGACAGAGGAGGGGAAGCAUCAUGUUAUGGAAACCUAGGUACUGUGUUUGCGUCGCUUGGCCAAUACGACAAGGCUGAAGAGUAUCUCCAAAAAGCGCUUGUCAUCAGAACCGAAAUUGGCGACAGAGAAGGGGAGGCAUCUGACUACGGAAACCUAGGUACUGUGUUUACGUCAAGGCUUGAAGAGUAUCUCCAAAAAUACGACAAGGACUGAAGAGUAUCUGUUAUGGAAAAAAGCGCUUGUCAUCAGAACUGAAAUUCAAAAAGGCUUGUCACAGACGACAGAGGAGGGAAGCAUCAUGUUAUGGAAACCUAGGUACUGUGUUUAGGUCGCUUGGCCAAUACGACAAGGCUGAAGAGUAUCUCCAAAAAGCGCUUGUCAUCACAACUGAAAUUGGCGACAGAGGAGGGGAAGCAUCAUGUUAUGGAAACCUAGGUACUGUGUUUACGUUGCUUGGCCAAUACGACAAGGCUGAAGAGUAUCUCCAAAAAGCGCUUGUCAUCAGAACUGAAAUUGGCCACAGAGAAGGGGAGGCAUCUGACUACGGAAACCUAGGUACUGUGUUUACGUUGCUUGGCCAAUACGGCAAGGCUGAAGAGUACCUCCAAAAAGCGCUUGUCAUCAGAACUGAAAUUGGUUACAGAGAAGGGGAGGCAACUGACUACGGAAACCUUGGAAGUUUGUUUAGAACUGUUGGUGAUUUUGAAGCUUCGGAAGUAUGCUUGGAAAAAGCUUUAUUCAUAUCCAGAGAUAUUGGAGAUGGAAGAAAAGAGUUUGAAAUCCUCCGAGGCUACGCCGUUUUGUAUUUAUAUCAAGGUAAAAUCAAAGACUCCCUGUCGUGUCUUCACCUGUGCAUUGAAAAGUAUGAGGAGCUGAGAUAUUUCUUGGGCGCCAAUGAUCAGUUCAAAACAUCACUUCUGGAGGACACUGGAACAUUCCCCUACAAGCUGCUUUGUACUUUGCUUUGUGACACCGAAAAUGCUCGGGAUGCUCUUUAUGUUGAGGAGUUGGGUCGAGCUAGAGGCCUAUCAGACUUAAUGGCAGAGAAGUACUCGGUUGAAACGCACAUCUCUGCUAAUCCACAAUCUUGGUUUGGCAUUGAGGACAUUUUAAGAAAGAAAAGAAACUGUACUUGUCUGUACAUUUCUUAUUUCCAGAAUCGUCUGCAUUUGUGGAUCUUGAAAACAAGUGGAGUCCUUCACUAUAGAAGAGUAUCACCAGAAGAGAAUCUAGUUCAGGCUGGGUUACCCAAAGAUUUGUCUUUGAAACAAUUUUUGGAUUAUAAUUUCCGGAGUCUUGGUAUUUUGCCCACUAAAGAUUGUGAAGAUCGGUCUUUAAAUACGAUUAAAUUGCAACCUCUCUCUCCCGCGCAAAAGAGCUCAGCAAGAUUGCGACUCGUGGAGGAGGACGAGGACGAGGACGAGGACGAGGACGAGAAAGUGAUUUCAAGUCUAUACUUGUGUUACAAAAUGUUCAUUGCCCCCGUUUAUGAUUUGCUUGAUGAGCCUGAAGUCAUUAUUGUUCCUGACCGCAGGUUGUACAAAGUUCCCUUUGCUGCCCUGAGUGAAAAGGAGGGAGCCGAAUACUUGUCAGAGACUCAUAAGAUCCGUAUCAUUCCUUCGUUGACAACACUCAAGAACAUUCAAGAUAGUCCAGAGGACUAUCACAGCAACACUGGUGCCUUGGUAAUAGGCAAUCCCAAGGUUGAUUGGCUGCAACCAUUACCAGCUGCAAGAAAGGAAGCGGAGAUGGUCGGACGACUGGUGGGUGUUCCGCCUCUAGUUGAAGAGAAAGCAACGAAGCAGGCGGUACUUGAGCGGAUAAGUUCAGUGAGCUUGAUACAUUUUGCUGCCCAUGGUAACGCGGAAAGAGGGGAAAUUGCACUCUCCCCCAAUCCCUGUCCCAACAGUCAAACCGCUAUCCCACCGAAGGAAGCUUACAUGUUGACGAUGGCUGAUGUCUCACGAGUGAAAGUCAGAGCUAAACUGGUGGUACUUAGCUGCUGUCACAGUGGAAGUGGAGAGAUAAGAGCCGAGGGAGUUAUAGGAAUUGCCCGUGCGUUCUUAGGAUCCGGUGCUCGCUCGGUGUUGGUUGCGCUGUGGGCCAUUCCAGACAAAGCAACAGAGCAGCUGAUGAGUCGGUUUUACGAACACCUCAAUGAAGGUGGAAGUGCCAGUGAAUCCCUUCAUCAGGCCAUGAAGUGGAUGAGAAAAAACCCCUUGAACAAAAUCUCUGAGUGGGCUUCGUUUACGCUGAUUGGAGAUGAUGUGAGACUCGAGUUUGACAACCAGCGGCAAGACUCGGUGAGAACAGGUAUUUUAUAA